AUGGUUCUUAUGGACGAGGAGAUGGUAGCGGCCGAUUCCGUGAGGAUACCUGGGUUUCCUGCCACAUGCUUCGUCAAGGUUCGCAGCUUAGAGCGGCGCACAAUGGGUCGUAUUUCUCGCAUACUUCGAAAGAAGGUAAGAAAGAUCAAGAAGAUUGCUCCUCCCAGGGACGGAAGCAAGUUGGCGGUGCGAGGCCAGGUGUCCUCGGCGACUGUCAAGGUCAAGGCAAGACGUGUAGCAACUCCAGUGCGCUCGAACCUUAGAGAGGACCAUGCAAUGCAGUGCAGACCCGAAGUUGCCGGCUUGGACGUCGAGGUCAUGAAAGAAACAGACGAAGCGCUGCAUCAGAAAGUGAAGAAAGGAGAGGUUCCUGGAGUGAUCAGCAUGGUGUUCAGGCGUGGUGUUCUUGGGCACCUGGAUUGCUUUGGCUUUGCAGAUCUCGAAAGGAAGGUCGAGAUGAAGCCGGACAGCAUUGUUCGGUUGUACUCCAUGACGAAGUGCAUCGUUUCUGCGGCCUUGGGCGUUUGUUUGGAGGAAGGCCUACUUGGCCUUGAUGAUCAUGUCUCCAAGUACAUCCCUGCCUUUGCCAAUGUACAGGUGUCCACUGAGGACGGCAUAGUUGCAGCGCGCCAACCAAUCACCGUUUUGCAUUUACUAACCCAUACCUCUGGUAUCGGUUAUGGACCUAUGCUAGGAGAAGAACCCAGUUGCAACGGUGAGGAACGCUUCAAAGAAUUGAUCAUCCGUACUGGUUUGGCCAGAAAGUCCAGCGAUCCCCGAGCAGUGUGCACACUGGAGCAGUGGUGCAACGAGUUGGCAGCCAUUCCUUUGCAACAUCACCCGGGCGACGACUGGCUUUAUGGCUACGGUCAUGACGUGAUUGGCCGCAUCAUUGAAGUGGCCACAGGCCAGGCGCUGGACCACGUGAUCCGCAGCAAGGUCACAGGACCUUUGAAGAUGGUUGAUACGAGCUUUGAGAUCUCAGCAAACAAGUGGUUUCGUACCUCCGGAAUGUAUCGCUUGGAAGAAGAGGAGGGUAAAGAACCGAAACUGCUGCGUCUCGAUUCACCAAGCAGUGAAUGCAAUGAGUGGAUUGCAGGUAACACCAGCCCCAUCCUUGCAGGUGGUGGCAGCGUCGACGCAAUGACAGGAGGGAUGGUGAGCACCGCGAGAGACUACUCGCGGUUUCUCCUCAUGUUGCUCCGGAAGGGAGAGCUUGAUGGCAUCAGAGUGCUGAAGCCGGAGACGGUUGAAUUAUUGAGCUCCAAUCUCUUGCCAAGGGCAACAGGAAAGGAUGAUGUGUGGGCCUUCGGAUCUCCUGGUGUUGGUUUCGGUCUGCUUGGAUCUGUCUCGGUGCAGCAUCCGGAACUUGACGAGGCACUACGACCGGGUGAAUAUGGUUGGGGUGGAAUGGCCGGUACUGCUUGGACUAACGAUCCCCAGGAGGAUUUUGUCCUCCUAAGCUUUUCUUUGGUGGCCUUUGACCUCUCGACAGAAGAGGUCUUGAGGGCUGGCGUCAGGAAGUCCAUUGCCAGCUUCAACUCAAGGACCUGUGCGUAG